AUGAACGUAAUUCAGAUUGCUCGUGACCACCGGUUACAUAUACUCAUGCCUGUGGGAUUUGUCCUUGGACGUUAUCUAGACAGAAAGAAUGCUGAAAAGCUAACUGCCUUCUGGAACAGGAGUGUGCUGUUUAAGAGGGAACAGAGACGCUGUGAAGGAGUCACCUGGAAGUAA